GACUCCACAGUUGUUGAGUUGACUGAUUUCAUAUGUGCUGCUCAAAUGGCAAGGGCCGAAGAUGCCCAUCUUCCUCUUGAAGAGAAGCCUAGACUAAAUCACGCAUACAAGAAGAGGAAACUUCUUGAGUACGAGCUGCUGAAAAAGAAAAAGCUUAUGCGACUUGGGAACAAGACCAUAGACGAAGAUGAUGAGGCAGUUCAUCUCCCAAAUCCAAUGGUUGGGUUUGGCAUCCCAUCUGAACCAUGCUUGAAAACACACAGGAACCUUCCAGAGGCAGCUUUAGGCCCACCGUAUUUCUAUUAUGAGAAUGUGGCACUUACUCCUAAAGGGGUUUGGAGUACUAUAUCCCGCUUCCUAUAUGAUGUACAACCGGAGUUUGUUGACUCCAAGUAUUUCUGUGCUGCUGCGAGGAAAAGAGGUUAUGUUCACAAUCUUCCUAUUGAAAACAGAUUUCCUCUUAUUCCACUUCCCCCACACACCAUACAUGAGGCAUUUCCCUUGAUAAGGAAAUGGUGGCCUUCUUGGGAUACGCGGACAAAGUUGAACUGCUUGCUAACCUCCAUUGCCAGUGCAAAAUCAACAGAGAGGAUCAGGAAGGCUCUUGAGGAUUAUGAUGGUGAACCACCACUGAGAGUCCAAAAAUAUGUUCUUGAUGAAUGCCGGAAGUGGAAUCUGGUGUGGGUAGGAAGAAAUAAGGUUGCCCCACUUGAGCCUGAUGAAGUGGAAAUGCUUUUGGGCUUCCCAAAGAACCACACAAGGGGAAUAAGCAGGACUGACAGAUACAAAUCACUUGGGAAUUCAUUCCAGAUUGAUACAGUGGCAUACCAUCUGUCGGUAUUGAAAGAUAUGUUUCCCAAUGGCAUCAACCUCCUCUCUCUUUUCUCUGGGAUUGGCGGGGCAGAAAUAGCUCUUCACCGGCUUGGUAUUCGUCUAAAGAAUGUCGUGUCGGUAGAGAUCUCUGCAGUAAAUAGAAAUGUUGUGAGGAGUUGGUGGGAGCAGACAAACCAGAGAGGGAAUUUGUAUGACCUUGAUGAUGUACAGCAGCUGAACGGUGACAGACUGGAGCAUUAUAUGACUUUAUUUGGUGGUUUUGAUCUUGUGGUUGGUGGGAGUCCAUGCAACAAUCUUACAGGCAGCAACAGGCUUCAUCGAGAUGGACUCGAGGGUAAAGAAUCUUCCCUCUUUUAUCACUACUAUCGUAUACUAGAUUUAGUCAGGUCCAUAAAGACCUAAAACAAUUGAUUCCAUGUAAAUAUGCUUCAAUCCCCCCUGUGCAUUGGAACAGCAACAAGCAAGAUCUGUUGUUUUUCCUUUUUUCUUUUUUUCUUUUUCUCAAGUUUGGACUUACUUUCUUUCCUAGACUUCCCUUCUUUUCCUUCGAAUUAUCUUACAAUUGAUCCUCUCAAGUCUUA